AAAACAUGAGGCCACGAUGAUCGGUGCACCGCUUUAACGGCAAACGGACAGGACACAGGACAACGUUUUACUCGCGUCGUCCACCACACAUGACCACUCUCCGACAUGCUUAUCAUGGCCGCUGCAGUGAAACCCCUGCUCCCGCUUCCUCGUUCCCCUGUUCGGAUUCCUCCCUCUUCCCCUCCAUGGAUUUCCUCGAGACCCACCUCGAGUUCUUCCCCACUUUUGCCCACUUCGCGCUGGAGCGAGCAGCGACCCGACGUCUCGGCUUCGGUGGCCUUCGACCCCUCGGGGAACUUCGAUCUUUCCCUUUACGACGACGAAGUAGAUUCAUCAAAAGUUGCUCCACCAGUCCCCCCAACCGAGGGCCGUUUUGAAGUAGUGAUAGAUAAUGAUGCCAUUCGUCGCCUUGACUUAUCACCAUUUCAAGUGGCCACUGGAAUCACAUCUCCCUUGUCCGCUGAGUCAAAGGAGUAUCUAGAACGUACAAUUGGGUUUACUAUCAAUUACACGAGGGAGGAUCCUGGAGAUCCUCGAGAACUAUCAGAAUUUCCAGAUAUAAGACUCUGGUUUGUGAGACUCGAUGCCACUUAUCCGUGGCUUCCUGUCUUGUUGGACUGGCGAGCAGGAGAGCUUGCCCGUUAUGCAGCUAUGUUGGUUCCUCACCAGAUGAAUAUGAGAAUGGGAGUUGUCUUCAAUCCUGAGGCACUAGAAUUAUUCAUCAUGAACAAAGUGAUGGUGGUAUACACUUGGUUGAAGAAACAUGAUGUCCCUAAGCCAAGGCUUAAAACAAGUGACAUGGCUAGGAUGCUUGGGUUUGGCAUUGGAAACGAAUUGUUCGACUUAAUAGAUCAACAUCCGCUGGAUCCAUCAUGAA